UGGACGGAGUCGAGAAAAUACAGGGCCGACUGUGCCAGAUCAAUAUUCUGCUCUGCGACCCGCCUCGACGUAGUCUAAAAUCAGACAGACAGAAUUCAGUUGAGGCAGACAACAGACGUUUUUCUCUGUGGUUGAAUGUCCGACAGCGACUUAGUCGCAUAGUCCAUACUACUCUCUAAAAUGAUCGUGAUUUUUUAAUUUUUGUUUCACAAAAAAAAUCCAUAAUUUUUAGUUGAUCCAGUGCCAUGUUCUGCCGGUUCAUUUUCAUAGUUUUGCUGGAAGUGACUUAUCUUACCAUCUGUUUGAGUUCAAACGUUAAAAUCAACUUCAGAGAAAAAGAAAAGGAGGUGCUGGAUCAAAUUUUGGGGCCAGGACGAUACGACGCGAGGAUAAGGCCGUCAGGAGUAAACGGCACAGAUGGACCUGCUGUUGUCCGAGUAAACCUGUUUGUUAGAAGCAUUACCACCAUAAGCGACAUUAAAAUGGAAUAUUCUGUACAGCUAACAUUCCGAGAACAAUGGCUCGACGAAAGAUUGAAAUUCAACGAUCUCCAUGGACGAUUAAAAUAUUUGACGUUGACUGAAGCAAACAGGGUCUGGAUGCCUGAUCUUUUCUUCUCCAAUGAGAAGGAAGGUCACACACAUAAUAUCAUUAUGCCUAACGUUUAUAUCCGUAUAUUUCCUUAUGGUUCUGUGUUAUAUAGCAUAAGAAUAUCUCUUACACUGUCCUGUCCCAUGAAUCUGAAGUUAUAUCCUUUGGACAGACAAAUCUGCUCACUUCGUAUGGCUAGUUAUGGUUGGACAACAGAUGAUUUGGUUUUUCUUUGGAAAGAUGGAGAUCCAGUACAAGUAGUGAAGAACUUACAUCUUCCACGUUUUACAUUAGAAAAGUUUCUUACGGACUAUUGCAAUAGCAAAACUAAUACAGGGGAAUACAGUUGCCUAAAAGUAGACCUCCUCUUCAAACGAGAAUUCAGUUACUACCUCAUACAAAUCUACAUCCCAUGCUGCAUGCUGGUAAUUGUAUCAUGGGUUUCCUUCUGGCUGGACCAAGGGGCAGUCCCCGCCAGGGUGUCACUUGGGGUAACCACGCUUCUCACGAUGGCAACACAAACAUCAGGUAUCAACGCAUCGUUACCACCAGUAUCAUAUACAAAAGCAAUUGAUGUGUGGACAGGCGUCUGCUUAACGUUCGUAUUUGGCGCGUUACUCGAGUUUGCGCUUGUAAAUUAUGCAUCUCGAUCAGAUAUGCAUCGCGAAAAUAUGAAAAAACAACGUAGACAAGUCGAACUCGAACACGCGCAAUCAUUAGACGGUGCAUCUGAUAUGAUUGAUACUGAUAGUAACGCGACUUUCGCAAUGGUAAGAAACAGAGUAGCCCUUCACACACAGAAUCACAUUGAUGCUAAUCCUUCUCCUUUGCUUCAGAAACCCUUAGUACGCACACCGGGUGAUCAGAUGAGACUUGAGAAGGCUCAUUGCGAAGUUCACAUGCAACCAAGACCAAACUGUUGUAGGUCUUGGUUGUCUAAAUUCCCAACAAGAUCUAAACGCAUUGAUGUUAUUUCAAGGAUUACGUUUCCUUUAGUAUUUGCAUUAUUUAACGUUAUUUAUUGGUCCACUUAUUUAUUUAGAGAAGAGGCAGAGGAGUCUUAAACUUCUCGAAGUUCCACUUUUACUAAAGUUUUUGGCCUAUUUUAAACAUCCCGGUGUGGUGUCCAUUUCUGUUGUAUUUUUAUCGUUUUUAAGAGUUGCAUAGUUUCUUAUUUGUUAACGAACUGCGUUUCUUGUGCUUAUUUGUUUUUAAUUCCUAUGAUUAUUAUAGGUGUAAGCAAUAAUCGUGCUGUUGUCUGAUUUUGCUCAAGCACUUUUUUUAACAAUCGAAUCGGUGAUUGUUGCAAUAAAUUUACGAAUGGUUUAUCUAUCACAACCGUAAGUUUUCGUUUUUUGAUAAAAUACCAGAUGGGUCAGACUAAAGGGAACAAUAUUUCGAUGGAAAAUUAUAUUCUAACACAACCAAACUAAUUUUGGUUGUGUUUUUGUUUUUUAUGCACUCUAAAUGAAUAUCAGAGUAAAUAAACAAUUUUAUUAGCAAAUUUAAUAUUUUUAACUUUUUGAUGGCAUUCUGUUUAAAAAUAAAAAACAAAAAUAUUAAUAAUUUUUUCAGGUUGUGUCAAAAAAUUACAAAUGGGGCGCUAAGCAUUAUUUUUAGAACAUAAUUUUUUAUCAAAAUAUUUAAAAAUAUGCUGGCAUUUAAAAUUAGAAGCAAUUUCUCAUUGAGCCAGAAAUGACAGAAAAUAUGAUGUACCUAUAUAAAAAGUUAAAAUAAUUUUGGUUGUAAAGCAAAGAAGUUAUAGUGUUUCCUUUAUCCUGAGCCACCCUGGAUACGCCUAACUAUUGCAAGUAUGGCCUAAUUAGGAAAAUUUGUAGGCCUAAUAAAUUUAAGAAUGAAGAUUUAAACCUUAGUAGAGUUUUUUUUCAGUUUAGUAACAGUUAGAAAUAGAUUUAGGGAUAUCAUUAUUAACAGCGUCUCUUUAAAUAUGCUUCUGGUUAUUAUGUAUGUAUAUAUAGUAUAUAUACAUAUAUUCUUAAAGUAAUUGUAAGCAAGAUCACAUACGGGUUAAAAUGAUAGUUUAUUGUUUCUUGAUAGGAACCUGGUUUUUCAUAUUUUGCUCAUUGCUUGAUAUAUUAUUUUCGUAAAAAUGAGCUCAAUCGUUAAAAAUCUUAAAAUGAUCAAUAAUUUACAAUAUAGGGUAAGAUUCACUCGAAAAAACACACAACUUAAAAAGUAAGUUUUUAUAUGUUUUCUCUGGAAAACGCAUUAAAAAAAGAGUUUAUAAAACGAUGUAGUAAAAUAGAGUUUGAUGACCAUGGAUCGCCAAAAUCAUUAAAUAGCUGUGAUAGUAUUUAUUUAGGAAUUUUAUUCUGCAACUGUUUUAUAUUUAUUAAUUAAUAAUGGCCGUUAAAUAUACUUGUAAGUUUUAAAAGUAAACAAAAUUUUAAAAAACCUCUUAAAACUAUUCAAAUUUUCAAUUACUGGAAAUAAGUGCGGCAGUGAGUGCAACCUUGCAAAAAAAUCAAUCAAGAGAAACUAUUGAGUUAAAAAUUUAAUUACUAAAUAUAUAAAUCCCUUUGUUAUUUAUUGUAUAUACAAUAGAGUAAAAAAUAUUAUAGAUGGAUCACAAAUAUUACAAAAUAAAAGCGUAGCGGCGCAGAGCACAAAUGCGCAGUAAAAUUUUGCUUUCAGUUGUCAAUUUGUCAUAAAGCCAGUUUAUAUUUAUAUAAACGGAACAAGAAUGGCGCAGCAAAAAAAAAUUAUUACGCAGCAUAGACUUGCAAUAUUGACUAAAUAAAACGACUAUAAAUUGACGUUCAUUAUUUUGAAUACAUUCGUUUCCUAGUUUCAAAUAUGGAUAAAACAAAAUCAUAAUGUAUGGCUUAUUUUAUUUGCACUUAAUUUAAAAUACUUCGAUGAUAAGUGAACCUUAAUGAAAUGUUCUUGGAUAGGUUUUUAGAAAUGUUAAAGGAAUGUUUAAUUGUCGUAUUUUAUGAAUAGCCCUGCAACCUUUCUGAAUAAUUAUUGAUCUGAAUUUUUAUUCCAAAUUAGGAAACGUGACGUCAUUGUGACGUUUCUGAAUAAAAAAAAAACGGAGAAAAAAAAGCACAUGACCUUAUUGGAUUUAGUAAGAAUAUAUGCUGUUGUUUUUGCUGCCUACUGGUAUCUGAAAUAAAAAAUUAUUUUCGUUUUACCACCUGAAAUUAAAAUAAACAAGCUUUAUUAAUAAUUUGAAAAAUAUGAGCUUCAACAGAAAAAGAGCAUGGAAACUGUUUGACUUGUCUAAAGAUACAAGCUUUGAAUAAAGAACAUGCAGUAUUGAUAUAACACAAAACAAAUGAGGUUUUCGGAAUGUUUCUGGAAUGAUCGCACUUAGAUUUCAGAAUGAGCAUUAAAAAGUUGUACGUGAAAUUACUGAAGUAGAUCCUUACUGAAUGCCCUCUUUUUUAUCAACAGUGAAAGAAGGAUAAUUGACUAAUUAUUGACUUUUUGUAUUUGCUCCUAAUAUUACUCAGAAAUUGUCUAUAGGAAAAAUAUGGUAGGCUUUAAUGUGAUAAUAUUUUUUAACGUUAUUAAUACAAAGUUUAAUUUAUAAUUGCACGUAAUUUGAAUUUAAAUACUUUUAAGGCGACAAUAUCUUGUCAAUAUAAGUUUUGUAUUGCAUUCAUAAAUUUAUUAACAUAAUUUGGACAAGCAAUUUUUUUACGUUUCGACAAGCAUUUUCCUCGAGAUGCUAUAUCUGAGUUUCCAACUUAACGGUUGUGAGAAACAGUCUUAAUUUACUUGUUUCAGUUUUUUCUUAUCUUUUUUAUUUCCGUCAUUUUUUAGUGUACAGUCAAUUAUAAUUCUAAGUAUGUAACGAUAGAUUGCUGGCAAGCAACAAUCAAGCAAGCAAACAACCAGCAAAAAAGACACACAGCACAGGUGGAGCACUAAAUACAACUUUUUUUAAAAUAAAACUAAUUAUUAAUGAAUAAUUUUAUAACGCACAAUUUAAUAUGUAAAAAAAUGUGAUUGUGCAUUAAAAAAUUAGAUAUUUUGAAAGAAAACUAAAUAAAACAUUAUAGAGGUCUCUCACAACCUUUUAGUUCAAAAACUUGGACUCUUAACAUCUCGGGAAGAAAAUGUGCAAAGCAUCAUUAAGAAAUUCGCUUGCUUUAGGUCUAAUAAUGUCACUGCGUUUUGAAUAAUUUUACGGACAUCAAUAAAUUACACAAUCAUUAAUUGCUAUUAUUUGUUUAAAAUACACAAGUAUUACAUACGUUAGGAUUAAAACAAAAACACGAGCACUGCCAGUUGUUACCUAAUUAUUCAUUGCAAUUGCUGUGGCCAUAAGUUUUUAUGAGAAAAAGAUAUUCCGGCCUAAGAAUUCCAGUCAUUACUGCACUAUUUUCAAAAUCCUAAUCAAAACCCCCGUAUUCAUAUAAGCAAAACAAAUAUCGUUGAAAAUAAGUGUCAUGCUGCAAGCUGCUCGACAUAUUCACAAUUUUAAAUAGAUAUAAAAUUAGAUUAUAUUUUUUUAAGCCCUUCAAUGUUAGUUGCUAGGACAUUGGUUUCAAAUUAUAAGGAAACCAUGCUUCUCUUCAGUAAAAAAUAUUCGCUUUUAUAUAGUUUAUAUCAUAAUUAAUUGGACAUGGGCCAUAUUAUCUUAAUAAAGUAUUUGAGUCAAACAUGUUUUGAAGAAUUCAUUGCUGAAAUCAUUUUCAACUUUCUUAUUUUGCUACUCUGCUGGGCGUUAUUGCUAUGAUCAAGAAUUUUUUUUACACGUCCCUAUAAUGUCACAUUAAUUAAAUAGAGUUUACCCAUCAAUAGCAAACAAUAUUAUACCAUCUCAGAGUAACAUUUAACAAGUCUUUGUAAAAAUAGGAACAGGAAAGCAUCAGAUGCUCCUAGGCCAGAUUACUCAGCUAUUUCCUAAUCUAGAGAUCUACAUUCUGGGUGCCUUCAGUCUUCCUAAGCCGCGUGGAUCAUUGAUGAUCUUCGCUCUAUUACUUAUUCAACAAUCAACAAUUACAACAUACAACUUGUUUUAGCUCAAUAACAUGUUAAAUAUAAACAUUGUCAUCCAGGUACGCCAUCAUCCAAAGCAGAUGUUGUACUACCAAGAUAAUAACCAUCCUCCACUAUACUGUCUCCAUCAUCAUAAAUGCACAUCUUGAAUCUAUAUAUCUGACAAGCUCUUAUCGAACAAAAACAUUCCUCAGGAAGUUCUACAGAUGGUUUUCACAGAAUCUUAAAUCACAAAUUACUCAGAACAAGGCUGCUUACAAAAAAUUAAAAGAAACUAGACUUUCCCUUGAUGUUGGUAAAUUCUGCCAUUUGCGCACACCUAAUGUUAAAUUCCAACUAGGCAUUAGUUAUAAGGUUUAUACUAGAGACACUGAGACAGCAUUAUAUUAAAUUCCCGGGGAAUUCUGGUCUUACACCAAUUCCUUACAGAGUUCUGGGAAUUUUCCACAUGAUAAAAAGACUGUAAUAGGAUCGCAAUCUGCUCAACCUUUUGCUCAAUAUUUUAGCUCUAUGUACAUCAGUACUCUCUACAAAUAAUUUCAAUUCUUAAGUAGUUUUUCUAUUUUGAUCUCAGAUGCUUACACAGAGUUAGAAAGUACGUAAAAAAUACACAUUCAUUCAUUCAGGAGAUUCAUUCCAUUUACACCGACUUCUCCAAGGCAUUUGACAAGGUGAAUCAUGAGAUCUUAUUCAUUAAACUUUUUGGUCUUGGUGGGACCACAGGGGUCUCUGUUGUUCAACUUUUUCAUCAAUGAUGACAAAUUCUGUUUUGAACAAAGCCAUUUUCUCCUCUUUGCUGACGACUCUAAGUUGUUUAGGGGAGUGCCAUGCUCCGAUGAAUGCCUUGCACUUCAGGAUGACCUUAACAAUGGAUCUCAACAUUUCCAAAUACAGUCAACUUCCAAGUCAUAAAACAAGUCACUUUAUUUAUCAUGUAACCAAUACCCUUUUAGAGUGUGCGCAAUAGAUAAGAGAUUCAGGACCGCUACUUGAUUCCAAUCUAGACUUUAUUGCACAUAUGAAUCACAUUAUUAAUAGGGCUCUAAAAUUGCUCAGGAUUCUUUAAACGUAGUACCUGAAAUUUUAAUCACAGUACCCCCAUUAAAACACUGUAGUUUGUCUUUUCGUUUAUCAGAACCUAGUUGAAGUUUCCUCUAUCUGGAGCCCAAAAUAUACCUUCCAUAUCUACAGACUUGAAAGAGGUUUGCGUAAAUUUUGCAGGUACACUCUCUACAAUUUUUCAGUGAUCAAGAAUUUCAGUUCAUUUGCUCAAUACUUGAUCUUGAAACGUUAUCAGCUAGAAGAAAGCAGAAAUACUAAAAAAUUCUCUAUAAGUUACUUCAUAUCUCACUUCACGAAUCACUUUUCAUGUACCAUCUCGCAAUACACGUUCCAUCUAAAUUUUUCAUGUGCAUUUUUACAGGACAAACCCAAAAAUUCAUUCGCGAUUUUUAAAGAUUUUCUUCCAGAUUUUGGCUUAGUUUUUCCUGUAUGGUUACGGAUUGGUUAGGCCGAGAUAUGGUGCCUUGUCACCUUUAAUAAAACACUUUUUAUAUGUGAGUCAAAUACUUUAUUUUGUUGUUAUAUCCAAAUAAUUAAGGGACGCUUCCUGCAACAGAAACUUAUUUUAGUUUAUCUAAAUUGUUUGGGAUUUCAUUCUUAGAUAAAUUUACUGGCGUAUGCCAUAAUAUAUAUAAAUAUAGUGAAACAUUCCAAAAUGUGAUAAAUUAUAAACAAAUGUUAACAAAAAAGGGAAUUAUGCAACUUUUAAGCAAAGAACUUGCGACUUUCAAUCCUAAGGUGCCUUUCUUUAGCAUCUUCUGUAAAUAUUGCCAAGAAAGUCGCAACUUUAUCGAUGUUCAAUGUUCGUGCUAUACUUUCUUCACUAUUUUCUUUGGUCAAAUCAGACAAAAGCCAACAAAGUCUUAUGAGAUAAGCAAUUUUAGAUGUGGCUAGUUUACGAGCCUUUAUACUACUAUUUGUUCUUAAAUGGUAGCUUAGUUUUGUAAAUAACUAUUUAUUUUAUUUUGCUCAACAAAAAUUAGCCGAAAGCUCUGAAUUAACCAAAGAAAACUUGCAACGCAAAGCACUAUCUGUAUCCUGUAAAAUCCUCUAGGUGACAUUUCAGUUGAUAAGGGUAAGAAAUUAAAAUACCAUUAACUAAGAAGCUUAGAAUCUUAGAUAAACAGAAAUCAUUAAUUUAAUUGUAAAUAUUAUAAAAAAAAUAUUCAUUCGGGGUAUUUUUAGAAGUGCGAACUUAUGGAAAAAAAUUUUUUUUUUUUAGAAAGCCAAAUAUGUCAAGUUAAUUUAACUUCUUUAUAAGAUAAUAUAAUAUUAUAAUCUAAAUAAAUUUCUGAAUCCUCAGUAAAAUAUUUAAAAUAACAUUGAUGCCUCUAUAAUUUACCAGAAUAUUAAAAAGCAUUUAUGAAUAAGAACUGCCAACUAAUACAUUAAAUGCAAAUUAAUAUUAAAUAAAAAUAUUUUAAAGAAAUAAUUUUAUUUUAAUUAUUUUAUUGUUUUAUGUUUUAAAUAUAUAACUAAAAGGUACGACUGAUUGAUUAAAUUUUAAUAAAAUAAUUAAUAAUGAAGCAUUUUGAUCAAGGGGAGCAAAAUAAAAAUUAAUUUGGUGAAAAAAGGUUCUAUCGAAAAAGAUAUUGUUAUUGGAGUAAAUUUUUUUCAUCAGUUCAAGGUUCUAAAAAUAUUUUAAUAUACAGGGUGUUCAUCUAAACUAUUUCGACAAUAUUGGAAGUUACAAGGUCAGUUGAAUUAUCGAAAUUAGCUAUAUUUUGCUAUACAUUAAAUAUAUAUUCGUAGAGUAGUCAAAUAUUGCAUUAUGUCCGAGAUACAGGGGAAAAACUGCCAAGUCUAUUCAUGUCUAUUUAUUUCAUUUAAAACUAGUAAAAAAUAAUUUAGUAUACAGGGUGUUUUUUAUAUAUUGCGACAAAAUUCAGGAACGUGUUCUUUGGACAAAAAUUCGCAAAAAAGUUCCUAUAAACAUAGGUCCUAAACCUUUUAGAUUUUGAGGUACAGAGUGGUAAAGUUUUAACAAAAAAAUGAUUUCCAAAAGAUUGGUAUGCAGGGUCUGUGUAUCCAGAGCCAUUUACCAACAUACUUUUAAUAUUUUUAUGUUCUCCAGUGGCGUGUGUGCGGGUUUUCAGCUGAAUACUUUUAUAAACAAAAAUGGUUUUUCUUGUAUUAAAAAAUAUUUUUGAAUUCCCCGUUUUAUUUGCAACAUUUUUGAUCACUUGGACUUUGUCCGUUAGAUGCACGGUUUUCGCACAAAAAAUUAAAAACCAUGGACAUGUUGCUCAGAUUUGAUUAGACUUUAUUUAUUCUAGUAAUUAUUCGUUUUUUUAGUUUAUUGCAAUUUUAAUAAUAAAUUUUUUAAUAAUUAAUUUAGUACGAACGCCAGCCCAAUUUAAUAAAAUGGUAAUUGAGGAUUUAAAACUUCUUCUUCUACAAUCUUUAAUUUAAAAUACAAAAUUUUAAGUGAUAAAAAAUAUUUCAUUUUUUAUUAUUUAUUUAGGUAAUAUUAUUAUUUUUAUAAAAGUUGUUCAAAGUGUGCUCCUCCAACAUCAAUACAAGCAUCUAAUCGACAUCGCAUUGAUUGGCGGACACGUUCAAAAAUUCCUGGUGUCUGCCGAAUUAUGUCACAAGACGUUAUAAUGCGAUUACGCAAUUCCUCCACAUUAUCAAUUGGAUUUCUAUAAACCAGUGAUUUAAGGUGGCCCUACAAAAAAAAAUCCAGCGGAUUUAACUCGGGAGACCGUGGGGGCCAAGGGUGAAUACUUCCCCGACCUAUCCAACGAUUUGGAUACGUAAUAUCUAAAUACUGCCGAGCCACUAAACUAAAUUGCUGUCUCAGCUGAAUGGGGACAUCUUCUAGCAUCGCUGGUAAUUCAUUUUCAAGAAAUUCUUGAUACACUCUUGCUGGUAAAAAAAAUAGACCGAUGAGAAAGUUUUCAAUAAUGCCGACCCAUACAUUAAGUGAAAACUGGUGCUGAUGACGGUUUUCUGCCAGAGCAUGUGGGUUCUCAUAAUGCCAUAUGUGAUUAUUGUGGAAGUUCAUAAUUGCGUCCCUGGAGAAAUUAGCCUCAUCGUUGAAAAGUAUUUUUCUUAUAAACGGUGCAUCUUGCCUUAUGCGUUCUUGCAUCCAACGACACAAAGCCGUUCUUUUCGGAAAAUCGCCUGGCAAAAGUGCCUGCACCCGCUGUAUACGGGUAUAAAAGGUUUCUUUUAAGAAUAUUCCAAACUGUAAAGUUACUAAUGUGAACCGUCUGAGCAAUUUUCCUAGUGCUUGUGGUGGGAUCUUCCUCGAAUACAUUGAGCACCUAUUCUUCAAUUUAAGGAGUAACUGUUCGGGGAUGUCCGUUUUCAGCGGUGAGUUUUUUAAAGCUGCCGGUUUCACUUAGACGUUGGUGUAAACGCGUAAACAUGCAGUGAUGAGGAAUAACACGAUUCAUCUAACGUUCAGCAUAAUUAAAACGCAAGGCUUCUCGUGCGUUUCCGUUAGCCAGUCCAUAAAUGAAGUGCAUAUCGCACAUUUCAUUAUUUGUGUAAUUGUUAGCCAUUUUUUUAACAAAUUAAUCUUGUCAACUGGCGGACAGUGACUAUGAUUGAAAAUUUAAAAUAUUACAAAAUCUUUUAAAUAUCAGCUUUAUCGUGGGCAGAGGAAGAAUGUGGUAAAAAGAUUAAACUCUUAAACAAGAUUGUGAUUAUCGUUGCGGCGGCGUUGUCCGUAGUUACGUUAAGAAAAAUUAUGUUCACAGGCUACUUAAAUAUUAGAGUUUGUCUAGCUAAGGAAAGGUAUACCUUCUGUUUCAAAGCUGCGCCAAGUUUUGUCCCCUAAUAACGCGCGAUUAGCGACAGUAGUGCGCCUUUUUUUAAUUUUAAUUUUAGAGCACAGAACAUAAAUACAAGAAUUAACGCAACGGCACUGUUUAUAUGCAAAUCGGGGCGAUCGAUACCGUUGCUUUGGCAGCGGCGUAAACAAAUUUACUGCGCAACCGAGCCGAACAACACGUGCUGUAUGUACCUUUCCUUAGCUAGACAAAGUCUAACACGUUACUCAUAUGUCACUUUUUAAACAUGUUAAAUAAAGUGACAUAUUAUGAACUACAAUGAAAUUUUAAAUAAAAUUUAAAAAAAAACUUACUUUUUAUAACGAUCAUAGAAAAAAUUAAUUUUAGCGAUCAAAGUAGAAAAAUGUUUUUUAAUUUUUUGUGCGAAAACCGUGCAUCUAACGGACAAAG